GGUCGUUAUUCUGUCAACUUACUUAUAAGUGUUUGGUGCCAGAAUACAGCUCAAUUCUAAUUUGCAGCCCCUUUUCCUCCUAUCUCUGGGAGCUGUAUUUCCAAUAUCUCUACAAGGCCUUUUACAAAUAUUACAGAAUAAAGUGUAAAUUCACAACAAACCAUUACAUCAGUCAAAUUAUCUUCUUUUCCAAGCAACUACUCCUCUUCACAUACAUCCUAAUUCAACAUAGCCAAGGCUAUCUACAGGGCCUAUUAUCUCUUAAUCUUGAAUUCUGUCUCAACUCAGCAUAAACCUCACAGUUUAAGAAUGUGUCAUAGAGAAAAGAGCAGUUGACCUCUGGCCUAAGAAAAGGCCCCUAUUCAGUUAUCCAUUCUCCAACACAAUCAUACCAAAUACAAUUUCUCCCAGCAAUACAAUUGCCUCAAAGCAAUAAACUAAGCUAUGUAAGAAGGAACUGCAGAUGCUGGAAAAUCGAAGGUACACAAAAAUGCUGGUGAAACUCAGCGGGUGCAGCAGCAUCUAUGGAGCGAAGGAAAUAGGCAACGUUUCAGGCCAAAACCCUUCUUCAGACUGAUCUACGCUAAAUAAACUAAGCUAAGCAGGUUCAGGCCUCCAUGUUUAGUUUCAUCUUUCCCUGUGUGUAUGUGUCUCUUUGUACUUUAUUUUGUUAGGAAAUCCUUAAGCUUUUCUUUUGCAAAUUACCUAGCUUAUAUAAAAGUCACUAUCCGAGCAGUUCUAUUAUAUAAUAUUUCCUCAGAUUCACACUGGGUGCAGUAACAGCGAUGGGUUGGAUGGGCACCACGUUACAAGGCGGCAGCUCAUUUCCCUGAUCAUCUGGCAGUCCAUUGUGCCAUCACUGUGCGCGUAAUAAUCUGAGCUGUUUACUCUCCUCCCUGCCUCGGCUGUGCUGCAUUGACUGAAGGUGCCCGUGCAGAAGAAGCAAUUAUAAAUUGACAAUUAUACCCCUUCCCCAAAGUUGGUAGAAAUUCAAAAUCAGUGAGUCCUCUCUGAAGCUGUUUGCUCAUCAUCGUGUCUUAAGUAACAAGAUUAGUAUGAUGGCUAAUCCCGCCGUGAUCAUAGACAACGGAUCUGGGCUGUGUAAAUCUGGCAUAGUUGGUGACAGCAUCCCCACAUCAGUCGUACCAUCUAUUGUCGGCUGCUCCAGAGCCACAAAGGGAGCACGGAAUGCAAACCUAAAGGACUAUUAUGUUGGCAAAGCAGCACAGACCAGAAGGGAAGUCUUGAGUUUGAAGUAUCCAAUUGAACGUGGCGUGGUGACGUCCUGGGAGGAGAUGGAGAUGAUCUGGAGGUACAUCUACGGCUUUGAACUGCGUGUAAAACCCAAAGAGAGGCCCAUCUUGCUGACUGCUGCCCCACUGACUCCGUUCUUAAAUAGAGAAAGAAUGGCUGAAAUCAUGUUUGAAGGCUUCUCUGUGCCAGCCAUGUACGUAGCCAUUCCAGCCACGUUGGCACUGUAUUCAUCAGGCCGCACUCGAGGUGUGGUCUUGGACAGUGGGUAUGGAAUAACCGAUGCCGUGCCCAUCUAUGAAGGGUAUUACCUCCCAGAUGCUGUUCAAAGGCUCCAUAUGGCAGGUAGUGAUAUCAACGAAAGCCUUUGGAGACUUCUGUUGGAGAACGGCCACUCUUUUGCUGAAAAGGUGGAGGCAGAUGUAAUCCAGGACAUCAAGGAGAAACUGUGCUAUGUUUCCCUGGAUUCCAAAGUGGAGAGCAAUAAGCCAGCAGAGGAAAUACAACGGGAGUACAGGUUGCCUGAUGGGACACAGGUUCUGAUCUCAAAUGAGCUCUUCAGAGCACCAGAGUUGCUUUUUACACCAGAGAGCCCAGGUGUGAAAGACAGUGGCAUUGACAAGCUGCUGUUAAACAGCAUUGCAUUGUGUGAGCCAGGGCUGCAUAAAGAACUGUCUAGCAACAUGCUGCUCUCUGGUGGCUCCACACUGCUGCCAGGAAUGGAGGAACGGCUACUGAAGGAGCUGAAGCUACACACACCUACCGAUGUCCCCGUCAAAGUCACUGCCCCACCAGAGAGGAACUACUCUGUGUGGAUGGGAGCCUCCAUCUUAACAAGCUUGUCAUCCUUUAAGCACAUGUGGAUUACUCUCAACGAUUACAAUGACUUUGGGCCAUCUGUAGUGAACAAGAGAUGUUUUUAAAUGAAUAGAACUGUGUGUCCCAAAGUGUGACUAUAGUGAUCAGAUUUUUAAAUGUAUGUGAUCAAAUACUCGAUCGGAGCUAACAUUGCUCGAAUGUUUCCCAAAUCAACAAAGGAUUUGGAAUUAAUAUUUCUUACCAGCAACUCCGCUUUAGUUGUGUUUCUUGCGUGUACAAAUGGAGCCAAACUGUGUGUUGGACAAACAUCUGAUGUGAGAAAGUAGAGAUGUAAAAAGAAGCUGUUAACUUGUUUCCACAUUAUCUUGAGUCAAGUGUGUGA